AUGGUGUUUGGACAGGUUGUGAUCGGGCCACCAGGCUCCGGCAAGACCACCUACUGCAACGGCAUGUCCCAGUUCCUCUCCCUCGUAGGAAGGAAAGUUGUGGUCAUCAAUCUCGACCCCGCGAAUGAUGCAUUGCCAUAUGAAUGUGCCAUCAACAUUGAGGACCUCAUAAAGCUCAGUGAUGUCAUGUCUGAGCAUUCGCUUGGUCCUAAUGGAGGGCUUGUGUAUUGCAUGGAUUACUUGGAGAUGAAUAUUGACUGGCUUGAAGAGAAACUGAAACCUCUUAUUGAAGAUCACUAUUUUUUAUUUGAUUUCCCGGGGCAAGUGGAACUUUUCUCCCUUCACACAAAUGCAAGGAAUAUCAUCAAUAAACUCAUCAAAAAGCUAGACUUGCGGCUGACUGCUGUGCACCUUGUUGAUGCUCAUUUAUGUUGUGAUCCUGGGAAGUAUGUGAGUGCUUUGCUUCUUUCACUAUCAACAAUGUUACACUUGGAGCUACCACACAUCAAUGUUUUAUCAAAGAUUGACCUUAUUGAGAACUAUGGAAAUUUAGCAUUCAACCUUGACUUCUACACUGAUGUCCAAGACCUGUCCUAUUUGCAAUACCAUCUUGAUCAAGAUCCUCGUUCUGCCAAGUACAGGAAACUUACGAAAGAGCUAUGUGAUGUGAUUGAUGAUUUUAGCUUAGUCAAUUUUUCGACUUUGGACAUCCAGGACAAGGAAAGUGUCGGUAAUCUUGUGAAGUUGAUUGACAAGAGCAACGGCUAUAUAUUCUCUUCUAUAGACAGCAGCGCUGUUGAGUUCAGCAAAAUCGCGGCUGCGCCUCUUGACUGGGACUACUACAGAUAUCCUUUACUGCCUCUUGUACCAACUUAUUCAAACAAGCAUCUUUCUUGUCCCAUUACUUAUAUGCUCUUUAAUGUGGUAGAAGUGCACUAUUUAGAUCACCUAUUUCUGGCGUUCUGGCGUGUACAUGCAUAUUGA